AUGACAUCUAGAGAGGAUGCAAACAGCACACCUGUCUUUCUGGACAGAAUUGAGGUGAUAGGUAUAGACGGAUACAAGAAGAAAUACGUUGAGAAGGUUCUAUCACCAUUGCUUUCUUCUUCAACCAAAACACUUGGAGAGUUGUCAUCUGAAAGUGAGAAGACCCUCAAAAGUCUAACUUUCCUUGGCGGUUUUGAGUCCGUGGACAUAAAGUUUGACACUGAUACCAAGUCUGCGAACAAAAAAGUCGAUCUGCUUGAUGAACCGUUGACCAGUGUGUACGGCUCCAUCAAUGCUAAACCACUCAAACCAACUGCGUUCAGCAUCAAGUCCAUCCACAAUGAUCUUGGAAAUGCGUUUGUAUCAAGCUAUCUUAAUAGAAAUGUGUUUGGUAGCGGUGAGCAGUUUCAAUUGAACACAUACUGGGGAUUAUUCGACGAGACCAAGUCCGUUGACAUUCUCUCUUCGACUCCAAUUAUUGACACUUCCCUAAGAUUAUUUGGUCAUUUGAACGUUCUGAAAUCUGCAAACAAGCUGUUCCAGUCCAACCAACAGGCAGCCACCUCUGCAGAACUCGGAGUCAUCAAACAAAAGUUCUGCAGUCGCUCAGGCGCUUUAUCAUCAUUCUCAACUGGAUUAAAUCUUGUUAAUAGAAACAUUGGCCAUAUCGCCGACAGUGCAAACGAUGAAGUCAAAACAUAUGCAGGAGAUAGCUUGAAAGAGGCUAUAUUUUUCAACUUCGUUUCUUCAAAUAUGUCAUAUUUGACAAAAUCCCGUCUCACGUUACCACUAAAUGGAUUUACAAUCUCAUUGACCAAUGAAGUUGCAGGCGUCCCGGCAUUGUUAGAGAAGCUACAAGAUGAACACCAAGAAGACUCAUUUUCGACAGACAGACAGGAUCAGUUCUACAAAGUGGGAUUGGGGCUGGACUUUGCAAAGUCCAUGUUCAGCAACCAGCUAACGUUUUUAUCUAACUUCAAACUGGGUUCAAUUAUCAACUUUGCCUCAUCUACAGGUGGGACCGUCCAUUUUCAAGAUAAGUUUUACCCUCUUGUAGCAGGAUACGAUAAACCACUGAUGCCAUCCAGCUCGGUAGGAUCAGGAUCGUUUUUGAGUUAUAACUUGGGUUUUAGUACAAAAGUUGGUAUUGUCAAUGUGGAUCAGCCAUUACGCUUCUACUCAUCGGUAAACGGUGCAAGCGUUUCCAAUGAGUUGGCCGGACUAGAAAAGUCCGAAUUGCGUGAAAUUUCCAAAAACUGGAAACACGGUUUAGACCUUGGUUUGCUCUACUCUAACGGUGAUGCCUCUGCCAAAUUGUUCUGGCACAAACCUAUAGAUUCCUCGAAGAAUAAUGUGGGGAAAUUUGGAUUUGAGGUUGAUAUUGCAGGUGCAUGGUAA